CAUAUUGGGUUUGCAAGCCUGCAAUUUGAGACGAAAAGAGAGUCCUUUUAAUCAAAAACCCCCACUCGAAAGGGUUUCCCAUUCCUCCUAAUUUAUUCCUCUUCUUGGUUGCCUUGCCUGCGCCUAGUUAUUGCCAUCUCUGCUUCUUUCCAGGCUUCACUCAACCUCCAUCGAGGCUUCUAUUUUUUUUCGAAGGAAAUCCAAUUCCAUUCCAGUUCACACUUAGAAAUGGCAAUAUGGUUUGUGAUUAGACGGUUAAACAAUUUGUCCAGCCGACUUUUCUCACUGUUUCUCUCUCUCCGCAUCUUCGCUUUUCUCACUUUACAGCCCAGUUUUAGGGUUUUCUUCGAUCCGUUUUUGCUCGAUUCCACAUUUCGUCUCAUGACUUCGCCAGAUUGCGAAUCUCCUCUUUGACCAAACAGCUUGCCUUCCCAAAUCCGAGCUAGCGCCUGAAAACCUUGAAAAGGUUAAAAAAAGAAAAUCAAAUAAAUCAAAAGCCCUCAGGCCUCAGUACCGCCGAACCCUGUUAAUAGCCUGCUUCCCCAAAAUAUUUAGACCGUGGAACAGCAAAGAUAAUUCAUUGGCUUAAUCAAAUUGGGUAUCUCUUAUAUCAACCUAAAAUGAAGGUAAAAGUUGUGUGCAGGAAGCUGUAUGACUACAUCCGAUACGAUCUCAAAGAAAUAGCUUUCCCUUCUUCAUUGCCUGAUCCUCCCCACAUAAAAAAGUGCCGCAAAUUGACUUGGCACGAGCGCUUCUUGGUCUUGAAGGAGGCCUCCAGGCUUUAUACUGCAAGUUGGGUAAGGGAUAUUGGUCCUGAUCUUAGACCAAACGAUUAUAAGAAGGAUGAUGGGAUUAAAGGUAAAUCCCAUGGAGAUAAGAGUAGGAGUACAGAGAUAGAACCUUCGACCUUGGAGGAUAUUGCGAUUGCUGCAAGAGGAGGGAUGGAGACUUUGAGGCCUGCAUUACAGAGGUUAUACAUGACAAGGGCUUCUGCAUAUAGAGAUGCUCUUAAGAGUUUCAUAGAAGGAUAUCAAGAAGGUAUCCAGCAGAUCAUGGAGAAAAAGGAAGAUUCUUCUAAAGCACAUCAAGAAGGCAAUACUGAUAAAAAUUCAACUUGAUGGCUGAUAAGUGCAUAAUCGGAGAUGCAUGUGAGUACUUCUCCAGCACACCUAUUGUAGAUACAAGUUUAGAGAUUUGGUGGAGCUGGGUUGGCAUGAAAUCACAAGAAUGAUACAUCCUGAGAAUUUUCCUGUAUUGAGAAAGUGACCUUUAGAAACUACAAAUAUAAUGGGAAUCUCCAUUGACAAUGGUGAUGCUCUUUCCUUCUUGUCAUCUCAUGUUUAUUAAUUUUUGUUGUAGUUUAGUAUUCAACGUGCUUGAGCUUGGAGAAAUGUAAAAGAACCUUAAUGCUUUAUGUCUUUGUUAAGUGCAACUGAAGAAUUACUUAGA